AAAUUAAAAAAGAAGCUUUUAAAGUAAUUGAGAAACUUAAAAAAGAGAAAAGAGAAUAUAAAAAACUGUUCUCUAAAGUAUCAGAUUAUUUUGGUCACGCAUGGAACUUAUUUCUUGAUAAGAAUGAAGAUUUCUCUAUCAAAGACGAAGAAGAAAUAAGAAAUAAAGAGGAAGAUAAUAAUAAUGAAUCAAAAGUAGAGGAAAAAAAAGAAAAUAAUUAUAAUAAUAAUGAUAUUAAAUAUUAUAUUAGUUUACUAACAGACGAAUAUAACAUCUUUCUUAAUGAAAAUAAAUGUAAUAAUUUUAUAUAUUAUGAACAAAAUCAUAUAAAUUACUGA